CGGCCUUAUCGUAUAAAUAGUAGACUCUUUUUUCGUAUUCUUCUCUCUCAGUUUUUUUGUUGGUGUCCAAUUAAAUUAUGUUUUCCAAUCCAGCAAUUAAAUAACAAACACACAAUUAAUGCUCACAUUAUCAAUGGUUCACAAAUCGUUUGUAUGAUUUUUAUUUUUCUAUUUCGGUGUGUAUAUACUGUGUGUGCUAAAUGUAAAGAAAGAAAAAAAAAUUUCUCGGUGUCGUGUUUUUUUCCCUACGUCUAUGCUCAACGAAAGUAAAACAAACGGCCGAAAAAAAAUGAAGUAGAAAAUAAUAAAACAGUUGAACUGAUUCUGUUGUUCUUGAGCGCACGUUAAGUGAAAAAUCCAUUAAAUCAAUGCGGCAAAACGAUCACAAAAUAUAGUGCAGCAAAGAAAAUAUCAGCAGAGCCUCAGCAAGAGAGAUUAUAGCAGAAAAAGAGACGACGACGAGAGAAAAAUUACAGCGAUUUAUAAAGUUUUUUUUUUCGUCCGUUGCAGUGCUCGACGACAUCAAUGGAAAUUUUUUGCGAGCAGUGAAUCAGCGAGUGAGUUACUUUUAAUUGAAAGCACUAAAAAAUCAUUUGCACAAACAUUAGCAUUGAUUCGAUUUGAGUGGAUUGCACAGAGAGAGAGUGAGAGAGAGUGAUAAAGAUACAUGACGAGAAAGAAUGAGUGAAUGAAUUGCUUGGUUGGUGAUUGAUAUGGCAUAUGUGGUUUUUUGCACUUUAAUUCUUGGCGUUUUUGUUGUGUGAUUCCACCGAUUUUGUUUUAUCGCUUUUCAGCGACUGUGACUGAUGUAAGCAUUUUUUUCGUUCGCUUCGCGGCCCCCGGCUGACAAAUGGCACCCGAUAAAUUGCGCAAAAUGUGGCAGCUGUUCGAUUUGUUUCAAAUCAUAAAACACACCAAGCUACAAAACACUUCUUCUUCUUCUUUUUUGAAACCGAAUCACAAUUCACGGGAUGAAGACAGCGUGUGCACACUGAAUAUUGGAGUCGUGUGUAUUAUUGAAAGACUAAAUUCUUGAAUUAAAUUAAUCGGGGUGGAAGAGAGCGACACGGAGAAUAAAUCGAUAAUACUGCUUUGUCAUUUAAAAUGAGUUGUUCUUUUCCGUUGGUGUGUGUGUGUGUGUGUGGUACUGUUGCUGGUGUUUCAAUAUCAUCACACAGUGUCGCAUAGCGUACAAAAUACACGAUAAAGCAUUUUUUUGCGUGUGGUAUAUGGUUCAAUAAACCCCUUUUACUCGGAAAUCUGAUUCCUGGAAAUGAAACUUUACUCCCGUUUACCAGUCUCGUUGUGUUCUGCUUGAAUAAAUAGUAUGUUGUGUCGAGUGGUUCUGCGUUUUUUAUCAACCGAGAGAGAGAGAUAGACACCGAACCCAUAAAGAAUACACAAUUCCGUAAUCACGGGCGAAUUUCUGCACCAGAACGAAAGCAAAGCAGAAAAAAAACCUGCAUAUACACGUACCAUAUAAACAGGGAACCGAAAACGCGCACACCAUACCAGACCAUGGCAUACAAGAGAGAUUGUGUUGCGGCGAAAGAGAGAAUACAAUGAAAAUCGGUGACAAGGACAAUGCGAAACUAUUGAGUUGUCGUGGCUUUCAAUCCAAAAAUACGCAUGGCGCACCGAAAAUUUCAAUACUGUACAAUAACAACAACCUACGUCUAUCCAUGUUAUCCGUGUGGCGUUUUUGCAUUGGAUGUGCGGGGUAGAGAAGUGAAAAAGCGAAACGGGGAAGUGAGAGCGAGAGCCGCGCGCGCGACAACGACGACGACGACCGAACACUCACCUAGGCCAAUGCAUUACGUAUCAAAACUAUAGCACAUUUUCCCAAGUAUUUGAUACGAGGAAAAAAGACCCCAUAGACAAUUUCGACACUCACGUUGAGUGUGUGUCGGUUUUGGGUUUUUGUCAUGAUACGCAACACACACACACACAUGCAUGGAAAUGCGGAUUGAAAUCACAGUGUGGUUAAAUAGAACAGAGAAAUCUAUGCGAGACUUGUGUCUAUGCGCCCGAUGGCAUUGUACAAAUCAUUUUGAUAAAAUAAUAGCAUGCCAUUUGUGCGUACAUACAUUUUCUGCUAGCAUAAAAUACACUAACCAAUCACUUCUUGAUUCCGUGGUUCGUUGCGUACAGAAGAAUUGCGCUUGUAUCGUCUUUUCUAUUUGGCUUCGUGCUUGUUUGAUUGUGUUUGUGUGUAUGGCCUAAUGAUAAAUCGAUUAUAAAUUGCAAUUUCGUGUGGGUUUCCGCAAUACGAUUUCAAACAAAAUGCCUCAAGUUUCUACCACAUAAUUUCCAAGGUCUAUCUUCAAUCGAAUGGAAUGCAGUAAAUGAAAUUGAACGAAGUAACCAAUUAAGAGCGAUUUUAUGAAAUGCUAAAUUAUUGGACGAUUUCAUACAAAUUCGAGCAAUCGGACUGGAUUUCGUAGAAUUUCGAAUAAUUGCCCCCUUCUCUCUCUUAAUUUGGCUGAUAAAAUUCGAAUCAGUUUUGGUUUCUCGAUUUUCGCAUUUAAAAUGCUCGAUUCAAUUUAACCUUUGAAUCCAUUUUAACCAUAGUAAUUCGAAUCGAUUGAACCAAAGAAAAGAGACAUUUAAGAGACAACUCAAAUUACAUUUACCGAUCAGAAAAUCCCGACCGAAACUGAACUCAAAUUGAAUUUAUCAAUAGGAAGAACAUUCGAUAAAAGCAAUAUUGUAAUGGUUUCAGCAUUCAAUUCGAAACCCAACGAAUGCAUCGCACAGACAAACAUAUUCCAUUUAUGUGACAAUUUUCUAUUGUUCACCUUUUUACCAAAUCAAUUUUAAUGUGUUGUCUCGUUUCCCUUCGAACGCUAUUCUACGCUAGAUAGUCAGAACGAGACGAUUCAAAUAAUUGCAUUUUCACCACCGAGAAUAUCUAUCUUUAUCUAUCUGUGUGUGUGUCGUUCGAUAUACACACAAUCAAAUCGGCAUUUGCACAGCAAGCUUCGAUUGAAAGCAAAAUGAAUGCUGUUUUUCUCAUCGAUGCUGCCGAACGAAAACGCUACAUGUGUUCGCCAAAAGUAAAUCGCAACAACCACGAGGUAUGACGCGAUUCCGAUAUGAGCGCUUCGUACAUACACACAAUCGAUUCCUUUUGAAUGACACAAUACCUUAGCACAAUGAACGUGAAUCACAUACAUGCCGAACAACAGCAGAGGCAGCGGCAGCAACAACACAAAAAGAAAACCCCGAACGAACGAACCGACGUUUGAUAAAAACAUUAUUUCACGUCCUCACAUGUCGAGAGCGGCAUGUAUAUGAAUCAAUGUGUAUGUGUGCGUGUAAGUGAGUGAACGUUUUUUUUGCUAUUGCCGCAAAGCCGAGUGUAUUUUUAGAGUAACAUGUAACAGCACAUACGAUAAAGGAAGUACAUUAAGCAAGCAUCGUGAUUUCUGCAUCGCCUUUACAACAGACAGACAGUGCGCCACGAUACAUCUGGUGUAUUGAUGGGCCAUAUAUUAUGCUAUAUAUCUAUAUUCAUAUACACAAAUACAUAAAAAUCGAUUUCAUCAUGUAUAUGUAACACACGAGAGAAGAGAGAAAAAAAUCAUAUAUCGAAAUCGAAAAUUGGUGUUAUCCAUGAGGCAUAUGAGUAAUGCGACACAUGAACACUAACAAAUGAUUUUUCAUUCGCUUUAAAAUAGCUCGAAUGGCUUGGGAUCAAACAAAACACACUAACACACACAUACAUAUACGAGCGCGUACACAAAACCCACACGUGCACAUGCAAACAAUCCAUAAGUUGAAUUGUGCAUGUGUUUUUUUCUUCGUGUUUCUUCUGUUUCGUUCUGUUUGGCGUAGAUUUUGGCCUUAGAACCAUAGACAAUCCGAACUCAGUCAAGAUGAUAAACAACGAACACCAAUGUGUGUGUAUGUGAUUUGUGUGUCUGUGUGUAUGUGCAAUAUCGUUCUCAGUCCGUUUUUUCUUUCUUUUCUCUUCGGUUGUAUUUCUUUAGAAAAAAGGGUACUUUAUAGUUUUUGAGUCAUACUCUGUCGUACGCAUACAUUGACACAUGCCGAUAGCCUAACGAAGUGAGUGCCAAUAAAAAUCAAAAUGAAAUCAACGAUAAAUAACAGUGCACGAAACACGAUAUGAGCCCAAACAAACACAUGCACAUGGCACACACACGUUUCGUCUCACUAUAGCCGAGCAGCGGCAACAACGACGACAGCGCGCGGCAACAGCGUUUCGAAACCAAUACAAAUAGAUAUAUGCACAAACCGUAUGUAAAUACAUAGACAACAACAACAAAUAAAAGACACUACAAAUAAAAUUGAAAUGAAAAGAACGCGUAAAGCGAGCCAAUGCAAAGAAACGAAAAAAAGAACGAAGAAGAAAGAAUGAGCGAGAGAGAGAGAGAGCGAGAGAAAAAACAACACACAACUAUACACACUACAGAAAAAUGCUUUGUAUCGACUAUCGACGGCGAUGACGAAGCGUGAGCGAUGAGAGAUAGAGAGAGUGAGUGAGAGACGGAAAACGCAAAAAGGGGGACUAUACAGUGGCGUAAUUAUGAUUUGGGUUUUUAGUGCUGAUAAUUUUGUUGAAUGAAGAACAACGCGAUUUUAUUAUGAACGUCUUGGUUGUUGUCGUCGUUUCUAUUCCACCAAGUAGACUGCGUCGCGCGAUUACUCAUCACUUGUAAUAACAAUAAUAAUAAUCGUAGAGAAAAAAAAUCCACACACAGAAUCAAAUCUUCACCAUCAUCCACACCGCAUAAAUCUCGCUACAACAAAUCACAUCAUACGCUUUGGAAUCGCCUAGCGUUUCUGUUUGUUGUGCUUGCUCACACAGUUUCUGUUCCGUUUUUUUCCCGUGUGCAUUUUUAUUUCAAUAUUUUUGGAACUAUUUCAUUUCUUUUUGAACUGUUUAUGUGUUAAUCAAAUGAUAAAGAAAAAAAAGUAAGAAAUUCGUUGUAAAUAGUCACUGUUGUGUUUCACACCAUUAUUAGUUUCGUUUUUUUUUGGUUAAAUGGAUAACAGCGCAGCUACGAGAACAAUUUUGAAUUGAAAGACAAGGAGAAAAGAUUAAAAAAAAAAUUGAGCGAAUUUCGCAAAGUGAACGAUCACCGAUAUCAAAUGAUUGAAAAACAAACUGAUAACGAAAGAAAAAAAGAAGAAUUUAAACGAAGGGGGAAAGGAAAAAAAAACAGCGCUGCUGAACAAAAAACAAAAUAAUUGAAAAAAUUUAAUGUGUGAUUUAUAAUUUCUGUUCGUGUAUUUAUGUGCAUCAAUUUAUUUUCGCAUCAACGCAUUGUUUUUUUGUGCAUUACCAUUUGUUGCAUCAAACGAAUGUACUAUCAAAGGAACCAGUUCGAUAAACCAGUGUGGCCUAUUUCCAGUGUAUGAAGAGCGCACAAUAUACACAUAGAAUAUUUAAUGCACGAACGUAUCGAGGCUCGAAAAGUGUUGAAAAAACGCGAAAAUUACUGCAUCAACAUUGCCACACCAUCACUACCACGCAGAAACGCAUCCAAUUCGCAGGAAUGAUAAGGAAAAUCGUAUAGCAGAUCGCGUUGCAACAGAAAAACAAAAAAAAACAACCUUCUUCUGUUUUUUCUUCCGUUUGAAGUUGCGUUGUUUCCAUUUUAUUAUUUCUCUCGUAAAACCAAAAAAAAAGUUUCGUUUCUGCUUUUUUUUCGGAAUCAAUAUAAAUCUUCCGCCCCCAUCCAAUCCGUUUGUUUCGUGUGUGUUUGUGUGUAUAAAACGUAAAAAGAAUAAAUUCAAGAAAAAAAGGAAAGAGAAAAAGAAACAAAGAGAAAUCAAUCAAAAAUAGAAAGAAAAGAAGUUUAAAGUAAAGAAAAAAAACCAACCGUAAACACCGUAUCAUACAUAUAUCAGUUCAGUAAAUUCAGUAAAUGAAUGCAACGAUGACAUCAUUGCCAGUGGUACCGACCAAAUUUUACCAAGUGUGUCGACUGUGUUUGACCGUUGUCAGUGACACCAAUGACUUGGUACAGUUAUCAGUGUUCGGUGGUCGCCACAAUUCAGGCUGCACCGCAACCAGCGCACAAACCAACAACAAUACCAAUGAGGACAACAAUAGCAGCAGCAUAGUUGUCAGCGCAUCAACCAAUAGCAGCAGCAGCAGCAACAACAGUGGCGUCAUUGUAAAAACCAUCCGAAAAAAUGAGGCACAAAUUUCAUCGUCCCCAACCAGCAAUGAACACCAUCAUCAUCAUCAACACCAUUCAGCCAACAAUUCGGUUACCAACAAUGAUAAUGAAGCAGCUGCUGGCGGCACAACUCACGGCGUCGGCGACGAUGAUAACAACAAUUUCAAAAUUGAUGGCGACCUACAACAUCAUUCGGAUAUACUUGAACGCAUUUACACUUUUCUAUCAAUUACGGUGUCACCAAACGAUGGAUUACCAACGAUCGUGUGUAAUAGUUGCCGAACACAAUUGGAUACAUGCCAACAGUUUCGUGAUAAAGCACAACGUUCACAGCAAAAAUUACAGAAUUUUUUAAAGUUCGCCAACAAAUUGACGGGUGAUCCACAGGAUGUGCUCAAGCAAACAUCGUCAAGUUUGGAUGAAAUGCUACAUGUUUCGUGCCGUGAAGCAUCCGAACAUACAGCCGCUGCUGCCCUUACCGAACUGCGUAACAAUAACAAUCAUCAUCUGAAGAACAAAUUAAUGAAUGCCAGCCCGAAUGCAAUAGUUACCUCAAUACUCAGCAAAAAUCAUAUAGAUCAUUUGGAAGCGAACUCAGUAUCUGUGAUUCCAAUCGAUGCGGCCAACAAGCACAACAAUAACGGUGGCAGUAUUAUUACGGGCGGUGGCGGAGCUGUGCCACCACAACCACCACCACCAUCCAAUGUACAACAAGCGCCAGGCCGAAUUUCGGUGAAAAAAUCAUUGGGCCAAAUCAAUGCGGCAGUUACCCUAAAUCAAAUGAAUCACAUGCAUGCAACGAUGCCACCCGAAGCGGCCACCGCACUCGAAAUGCACCGAUUAACCCAAUUACAGCAGCAUCUUGAAACGGCUGCCGUUCUGAUGGAUAUCAGCAAAAAAGUGAUCAUCUCACCGCCCAGCUCGAAUCCACAGUCGCCCGGUUUGGGUGACAGUCAGCACAACGUUAAAAUGACCAUUAAACGUUCGAGCGGCGAUGAAAUUAAUUCGUCAGCAGCCAAACGCAUGAAAACCAAAGGUAAUAACGUAACAACAACCGUUUACCAGUUAGACACAAACACUCGACCGAGUGCCAGUGUUAAAUCAGAGCCAGUAUACAGUGGAGCCGAUGAUUCAGAAGGAAACCGUUAUGACAGUGAUAACGAUAGCAAUGACAGCGAUCCGGGACGACUCGAAAUGGACAUUAGCUCAUCGCAUGACAACAACGAUGAUGCAAAUAAUGAGGCAGGCAGAUGCUCAUCCACACCGGUUAAAUUGAUCUACAAGCACAACAGAAGCUUCAACAAUAAUACACCGUCCGGCAGAGACACACCGGAAAGCAACAAAUCAGAUGACCAUCGCACAGAUCCAGCCACCACACAAUUGUGGCAAGCAUUGGCUAGAUCAACCGGAAAUGGCGCUGGAAAUGAAGCCACACAACUAUUGCGACAAAUGAUCACCUGCCGAUCGCUCGGCUUGCCGAUUCCGUCUGCUUUGAAUAUAUCCCGCAACAUGAGCGAUCAACCAAUCUCAUUAGUUAAGAAUGAGGGAUCCAAAUCGUCAUCCGGCCGUCGAAAACAAUCGUGCCCGAGCAAGGCUCCAACAGACAAACCGCUCAACAGCGAUGUGCUUGCAAACAUCAAAACUGAAUCGAAAAUGGAUCCAUCAAAUGCCAAAGCUUGGGCCAAUAAUGUUGACGCAAAACCGCCAAAAUCAGCGCCGAUCGAUAACAACCAAAGUCCGAAUCAAAAAGAUAUGUCUUGUACCAAUUGCGGAACGCUAACAACAACCAUUUGGAGACGCAAUCUUCGCGGCGAAAUGGUGUGCAAUGCAUGCGGUCUCUAUUUCAAAUUGCACGGUGUUAAUCGGCCGCAUUCGAUGCGCCGUGACACCAUUCACACACGCCGAAGACGGCCAAAGGGCGAUAAAUCGGGACGCAGACGAUCAAAGAAUCAAGAUGCCGGAAAUACAUCCGGUGCUGAUCAAUCGCCGAAUGGAUUUGCCGAACAACCGGAUCAAAACGAUUUGCAAGCACUUCAAAACCAUAAUCUGCUAAUUGCCUUGGGCGCUGCUCAACAAGCUCCUGGUGCUCGACAUUUUGCUAUGCCUCCACAUUUCUUUGAUCCACACUUUUUGCGACAACAACAAUUCACCGAUGCUGGCAACGAUGUGCAAAUUGGUGAUGACAACAGUAAUAAUUCAUCGAUCAAUCAGCGUCGCCGGGACGAUGAGGAUGAUAUGGAUGAUGAUGACGAUGAAAAUGAUGCGGAUUCGACAAAUCUACCUCUAAAUUUGGUAGCCACCCAGUUCAACGAAUGAAGUCACCUGAAACGCAUGAAAUCAAUCGCUACAACAAGAUGCAUCAAACCAGAAAUAGAAGCAACAACGGCAGCAGCGGCAGCAGCAGCAGCAAGAACAACACAAACCAUAAGCAACAUUCACCAGAAUAGCCUUCUCCAAGUUGUUUACAUUUAAUUUGUUCUAAAAUUCACUCUCUAUAUCGAUGUAAAAAUUUCGAAGGUUGUUACGCGAAUUCUUCUUCCGUUUUUUUAAUGCAAAAAAAACCAAUGGGAACCAACCAUUUUUUUUUUGGUAUGUAAAUUUAAACCAAAAUUUUCGCAAAGAAAAAACAAACCACAAACAAAAAAAAAGCAGCAACAAAUUGAUUCUCAUUUCUUCUAUUUGUAAAAGAUUAGUAGAAAAUGGUUUAAUUAUCGAUUCGAUUCGAAUCAAAGAUACGAAAAAAAAUUUAAUGUAGAAACGAAAGAGAAAACCUUUCUAAAUCUUUGUCGCAAAUUAUAUCUCCGUUCAGAUUAAUAAUAAUAAUAAAAAUGCUCGUUUUGUUGUACAGAACAAAAACAAAAAAAAAUCGAAUAAAAAUUUACCGCAUACGUGUAAAACUGCAUGAUAUCGUGCACAAUACACAAAUUCGCGCACACAAACAAAA